AUGGCCAAUCGCACGGACAAGUUCGCAAAGUCCAUCCAUGGGACCAACCCACAGAACCUGGUCGAGAAGAUCACCCGCAACAAGAUUCAGGCCUCGGUCUACUGGAAAGAGAAAUGCUUCGGCCUGUCCGCGGAGACGCUGAUCGACAGGGCGGUGGAGCUGCGGUCGGUGGGCGGCAUGUAUGGCGAGCCCAACAAGCCGACAGAGUUUGUGUGCCUCAUCCUCAAGAUGCUCCAGAUCCAGCCCGACUUUGACAUCGUGGUGGAGCUGAUCAGGAACGAGGACUACAAAUAUGUGCGGCUGCUGGGCGCGUUCUACCUGCGCCUGGUGGGGCGGGCCCUAGACGUGUACACCUACAUGGAGCCCCUCUACAACGAUUUCAGAAAAGUCCGCCUGCGCACGAGUGAGGGCGGGUUUGUUCUGAGCCACGUGGACGCCGUGGUGGAUGACAUGCUGCGCAAGGACUACCUCUUCGACAUAGCACUGCCCCACAUCCCUAACAGGCUGACUAUGGAGAACACCGGGCAGCUGGAGCCGCGCGUCAGCGUGUUGGACGAGGAAUUCAACGAGGCUGCCACCCUGGAGGCGCUGGAGGCAGAGGCGGGCGAGGCCGCGGAGAAGGCGGCGGCGCUGCGGGAGGAGAUGGGGGCGGCGGGCGGCGACGAGCGCGAGAGAGAGCGCGAGCGCGAGCGGCGCGAGGAGCGCGCGCGGGAGAAGUGGCGGCUCGGGAAGGACGAGCGGCGCGACACGCGGGAGCGGCCGCGCGGCGGCAGCAGGAGCCGCAGCCGCAGCCGAGAGCGCGAGCGGCGGCGGCCCGACGAGCGGCGGCACGGAAGCCGCAGCCGCAGCCGCAGCCGGGAGCGCGAGCGUGAGCGGCGGCGGCCGGACGAGCGGCGACGCAGCCGGAGCCGCAGCCGGAGCCGCAGCCGGGACCGCUACCGGGAGCGGGAGCGGGGGCGCGACCGGGAUUACGACCGGCGAGGCGGCGGCGGCAGUGGUGGCGGUGGUUAUCGGGACAGGGAGCAGGACAGGCGCGGCGGCGGCGAGAGGGAACGGGAGAGGGACCGCGGGGGCGGCGGCGAGGGCGGCGGGAGGGGUGCAGCCGCUGCUGCUGGUGGUGGGGUCGGCAAGGGCCGCGCGGCCGACCCGAACGAUCCCGAGGUGGCGGAGCAGAACGCGCUGCGCGCAAAGCUGGGGCUGCCGCCGCUCAAGUGA